GAUUUUAUAUACUGUCUAUGUGGAGCCUACUAGUGAGUUUGGAGGCGGCGGAGCUCCAGCCUCGUCUCCUGACAGGACAGACGAGACGAAAGCUGCUUCUCCCAAAAACAAAGCUACCAGAUAAAUCCAUCUCCAGUCUGGUGAAGUACUACUACUCAUGGAAGAAGACUCACACCAGCACCAUUCGGAUGGACCGCCAGUCUCGGAAACUGGCCAAAAGGAGUAACCAGGACGACAGUGAGAACAGCUUGGUGAAGAAAUGCAGAAUUGGAAACUCGUUUACGACUGAGGCUCCAGAAACAUCACAGCAUGCUGAAACUCAGAGGGGAGCAGGAAGACCAACAGUCACUGCCCAGGAUAGAAGUGUCAUCAUCGCACCUCAGUUAAUCGGUUCCAAUGUGGGAAGGGAUCUAACGAUCAUCAACAACACGAAUGCCUCGACAGACGAGACGAAAGCUAUAUCUCCCAAAAACAAAGCAAACAUUCAAAGUUGCCGAGAUAACUUAAAAUCUUUCCUUGAAAAUACAACAAAGGAUCUGUCACAAGGAACAAAAGAAGAUGGACCGACUCCUUUAGACAAGAUCUAUACGGAGCUUUACAUCAGACGAGGAGGCAGUGGGGAGGUUAAUAGUGAACAUGAAGUGGUUAACUUGGAAUGCAAAAGGAGUUCGAGUGAGGAGGAGAAAAUCCAGGUCAAUGACAUUCUUCAACCUUUAUCAAACGAAGAAAACCCUCCUCAGAGAGUUCUGACGAAGGGAAUCGCUGGCAUUGGAAAAUCUGUCGCUGUGCAGAAGUUCACUCACGACUGGGCAACAGGAGAAGCCAACCAAACUACUGAUUUCAUAUUUCCAUUCACAUUCAGAGACUUAAACCUGAUAAAAGAUAAGGAUUGGAGUCUUCUAACGUUAAUAGGUCACUAUUUUGAAGAAGUAAAGGAUUUGGAAGAGUCAGACUACAGUGAAUUGAGUGUUUUGUUCAUCUUUGACAGCCUGGACGAAAGCCAAUUACCUCUGGACUUCAACAACAAUGAGAUGUGCCGCGAUGUUACAAAGACCACAACAUUAGACGUCCUGCUGACCAACUUAAUCUCAGGGAAACUGCUGCACAAAGCCUCAGUCUGGAUCACAAGUAGACCAGCUGCAGCCGCUAAGAUUCCUCCUGAGAUCUUCCACAGGGUGACCGAGGUACGAGGCUUUAAUGAUGAGCAGAAGGAGGAGUACUUUCAGAAGAAAGUUAGUGACAAGGAAAUGGCUCAGACGAUCUCUGAUCAUCUUCAGUCAAAGACGCAAAGAAGUCUGUACAUCAUGUGCCACAUCCCAGUCUUCUGUUGGAUUUCAGCCACGGCUCUCCAGAGUCUCCUAACAGAAACAGAAGAAGAAGAGUUGCCCAAGACUGUGACUGAAAUGUACACACACUUCCUGAUCAUCCAGACAAAGCUGAAGGAAUAUCAGGAAGGUGAAACAGACAAAGAUGUGAUCAUGAAAUUGGGAAAGCUGGCAUUUGAACAGCUUAAGAAGGGCAACAUACUCUUCUAUGAAAACGAGUUUAAAAGUUGUGGAAUUGAUCUGAAACAAGCUGCAGUUAAUUCAGGAGUUUGUACACAGAUCAUAAGAAAAGAAUCUGGACUUCACAAACAAGAGAUUUACUCCUUCAUUCAUUUAAGUGUUCAGGAGUUUCUGGCAGCUCUGUAUGUGUUAGAGACUUUCUUAGAUAGUGGAGAAAAUCUGCUUUCCAGCCCGACAAGUGUGAAAGAGCCAUCAGAGAAAAGACGAAAGAAACAUCGCAUCCCAGAGAAAGGAGAACGUCCCAUCUUCCUCCUCCACCAGAAAGCAGUGGAUAUGGCUUUGUUCAGCGAUAAUGGACAAUGGGACUUGUUCCUGCGCUUCCUGCUCGGUCUGUCACAGGAUAAAAAUCAGGAGCUUCUUCAGAAACGAGUUGGAUUCAAAGGAAGACAUCCACAGAGCAACCAGGAGACAAUCAAGUUCAUUCACGAGAAGAUCAAGAUACUGUCCAACAGCGAGAAGAGCAUCAACCUGUUCCACUGUUUAAAUGAGUUGGGUGACCAGUCUCUGGUAAAGCAUGUCCAAAAGUACCAGAGCUCAGGAGACUUUGUUAAACUCUUACCUGAACAUUGGUCAGCUCUGGCCUUUCAGCUGCUCGUUUCCAAUGAAGACCUGGAUAUCUUUGACCUGAAGAAAUACGAAGGAUCAGAUAAAGUUCUGGAGAGGCUGCUGCCAGUGCUCAAAGCAUCAAAGAAAGCUUUGAUAAGUUACUGUGACCUCACCGACAGAUGUUGCGAGAACAUUUCAUCAGUUCUCAGCUCAAAGUCUUCUGGUCUGGAGGAGUUAGACCUGAGUGGAAACUAUCUGCUGACUGACUCUGGAGUGGAGCUGCUCUCUGACGGUCUAAAAAGUCCCAACUGCAAACUUCAGAGACUCCGGUUAAGUUACUGUGACCUCACCGACAGAUGUUGCGAGAACAUUUCAUCAGUUCUCAGCUCAAAGUCUUCUGGUCUGGAGGAGUUAGACCUGAGUGGAAACUAUCUGCUGACUGACUCUGGAGUGGAGCUGCUCUCUGACGGUCUAAAAAGUCCCAACUGCAAACUCCAGAGACUCUGGCCUACUUCCAUCAGGUUAAGUAAGUGUAAACUCACCUACAGAAGUUGUGAGAACAUUUCAUCAGUUCUCAGCUCAAAGUCUUCUGGUCUGGAGAAGUUAGACCUGAGUGGAAACAAACUGCUGGACUCUGGAGUUGAGCUGCUCUCUGACGGUCUAAAAAGUCCCAACUGCAAACUCCAGAGACUCUGUCUGAGCGACUGUGAGUUAACAGCAGCUGGCUGCCGGGCUUUGACCUCUGCCCUCAGUGACUCCUCUGAUCUCAGAGAACUCAACCUGAGCUACAACAACUUGAAGGACCAGGGAGUGGAGCUGCUCUCUGAUUGGCUGAGGAAACCCCAGUGUAGACUGGAGAUACUGAACCUGAGCAGCUGCAUAUUAACAGCAGCCAGCUGCCGGUUUUUGGCCUUUGCCCUCAGCGGCUCCUCUGAUCUCAGAGAACUCAACCUGAGCUUCAACAUCCUGAAGGACCAGGGGGUGGAGCUGCUCUCUGAUUGGCUGAGGAAACCCCAGUGUAGACUGGAGAUACUGAAGUUGUCAAACUGCACAGAUAGCUGCUAUGAGUCUCUGGCCUCGGCUCUGAAGUCGAAGCCUUCACACCUCAGAGAACUGACGCUGAACCACAGUGAUCCAGGAGAAUCAGGUCUGAAGCUGCUGUCUGAUUUACAGGAGGACAAAAGAUACAAACUGCAGACACUGGUGGUGUCUGAGGAAUUUAUUGAAAUGGAUCAGAACUAAAAGACAACAAUGGAUAAUUUUCCUCCUUCUGUCUGGACCAAAUGAUCUGAACUACAGGUGUGAAAGUGACCUUAAAUUCAUCACGACUCUUCUCUCUUUAAGGAGUCGAUGCUCAAAACUCCUCAAUCAGGAGUCAGAGGGUAUCUGAGCACCAGCUACCAGCUGAGAGAUUAUUCCUCUCUGUGUAAUGUAAGAGCAUAAUAUAGUGGAGGGGGGGGGACACAAAGGAACAUGUCCCCCUGCAGGCAGUGUUGGACCCCCACAUUUUACAGUCCGAAAAACGUUAUAUUAAAAAGACACGAGGAAACUGCACUAGGAACACGCUGAAACAGUAGCAGCAGUAGUAGUCGGAAAAGCAUGUAUAUAAUGAUUUGCACAGUACUUGAGGAGCAAGCUAAGCAUUUCACUGCAUAAUGUUGACUGACAAAUAAAAACCUUGAAACCCUGAAACAGAAGGGGUGGGAAUCUCUUGGCACCUCACGUUUCGAUUCUAAACCGAUUAUUAAAUGAAUUAUGUACAUUUAUUUGUCACACACAAGUUUUAAUGAAAUGUUUUGUCUACUGAGGUUUUUAUUUUGUAGUUAUUCCAUGCUUAAGCCUUAAACAUGCUUAUGAAAGUCCCCUUCUCUCCCAGUAAUCUUCCAUGUCAGAGGCCCAAUCACGUUUAAAGGUGGAGAAUUGGCUUCUUAGAACAUGAAACAUGAGCUGGUCAGAUGUAAUGUGAUAAGUAGAUGAUAGAUAUGUGUUUUGCCUAAUUAUUUUAUGUAUGUCUUA